CGCUUUCAUUGACGCGCCGCGCACCGUUCUCCCGUGCAGUCUCGAGGUAGCUUCGCGACCGUUAAGCACGUAACCGCGUCGCUCCGUACUCGGGAGAGAGCGAGGAUAGAGAGGCGAGAGGGGGAGAGAGAGAGAGAGAGAGAGAGAGAGAGAGAGAGAGAGAGAGAGAGAGAGAGAGAAAGAAAGAAAGAAGAAGAGAGCUCGCCGGCACCGUCGAUCCUGCGAAGCAGCUCCGGAGCCGAACGCUGCUUUCCUCCGACGCCGUGUCACGUGCGGUCAGCUGCGGCCUUCCGCGUGCGGGGUGAGACCUCGGUGACUUCUUCGCCGCCGCGAAGGAGGGAAUUGGCAGGCGAGCGAGUGAACGCCAGGGAGCGCCGGCAUUUCCGAGCGACCGAUUCUCGAGGAAGGAAACCCCUAGAGUGAUCAGUCCACAGCGCUAGCGCCAUGGCGAGACAACAGACCGUGGACCGGAACAUCCCCCAUUUGAGGGACAUCUUCGGAUUCGGCAGCAAGUGGGACAACACGCGCGGCCAAGCGGAGGAGAAGGCACCCGGGCACGACAGCGCCGUGUCGAUGGGCUCCACGUCGGGCGAAGAGGAGAGCCCGAAGAACAGCAAGAAGAAGAAGUCGCGCCGCCGUGACAACAGCAAGACCCUGACGGAGAGCGACGUGAAGCACCUGGAGCGGCACUUGUCGAUGAAGAAGACCAUACGCAAAAAGAUCAUGCGCGAUCUGCAGCAGGCUUUCGUCGAGGACCCGAACGAGUUUCGCGUGGACGACAUCCCGCCGGAGCAGCUCAAGGCGGAGAUCAAUAUCCAGAGCCUGAGCUUCGGCACGCCGUCCCAGAAGCAGGGACGCACGCGUGGCAACGCCGAGAGUACCUUCCUCGACAUGCUGCGCGGCGGCGGUCUGGAGAAGAGCGGGACGGACGGUGACAGAGAUUCGGGACAUGGCGGGUCGCCGACCAGAGAGGCGCCCAGCGCCCAAGACACGGACGAUGAGUCCAGCUACGCGUACGAGGCGCCGACCGCGACGCCCACGAAGAAGAGCGGCAAUUUCUGGAGACGCUUUACCAUGAAGAGUCGCAAUAAGCGGUAAACGCGUCGGCACGCGCCGUACGCGUUUCCGAUAAAUCGCCGAGAAGGAGCCAGAGCGCGAAGAGAGUACCGAACACUUAAUUCUCCGUCUCUUUUAAUAAUUUUUACCAACGUAGUUAACGAAGCAGAGCUUGCAACUGUGAUAUACAUAAAAACCAAUUCAUCUCCGUCUCCUCCCAGCCCCUGCCCCCGCCCUUGUUCUCCUCACUAAUGAGAAGAUUUCCGCGUGGAAUUUUAAGAGGUUCCCGAAGAACAAAUAUUCUCUCUCUCUCUCUCUCUCUCUCUCUCUCUCUGUCUCUCGCAUGAAUAAUCUGAUGACGAUGACGACGACGACGACGACGAUAACGACAAUGACGACGAUGACGAUCGAGGACCAACGGAGAAACCGUAAAAGUCCGCCGCCGUCGCGGCGAGACCAGAUGUACAAAUUUCGGAUUUAAGCACGUAAGAUUUUAUAUACGAUGCGAUCUCAAAAGUAUACAAUCAUUCGGACGGACCAGCGUUUUUAUCGCGAGCUAUUUUAUGACAUAUCGCGAGACGACUCGACUAUUGAGCAGCUCGGAAAACGAACAAUAACGAAUAAUGCGAAUAAGGUAAUCUUCCUUAUAAUCGUAAAAUAAGUUUCUCAAACAAGGAAACAUAUAGCGUAGAAAAAGUGCGAUUAGGACGAGACGAUCGGUUAAGUUUAGACGCGCACUUGUUUCGAAGUCGUCGGGAUAAUCUGUCUCGACGUAUCAAAAAAAGGGGGAACUUCUUAAAACUCUCCGACACGAGACGUAACGACCGAUGUGUAGCAUCACACCCGCUUUCUGACAUUUGUACUUAAAGGGAAGUAAGAUUUUAAGCAAACGGACAAAAGAAGGGAGUAAAAGAAACGAAGGCAGCGUCGAACGCCGUGCAUAGUAUAUAGUUUAAGAUUAGUUAGUUUAAUUUCUCUUUAACGUGUUUAACAUAAGAAGGAACGUGCGGCUGCAGUUAUUAUUAUGAGUGAUCUGUAAUAAGCGUAAGGGAUGCGCGCACGUACGCGCGUAUCCGGUCACAUAGUAUUAGCUAGUCAACAACGCUAAGACGUACAUGAAAAGAGAAAAGAAAAGGAAACAAGAGAUAGAACCGAGAGAGAUCCGGUUGAUUUUUUUACCAUCAUCAGACGCGACGGAUUUGAUAUACCGCUUCUUUUCUAACGAACUCGAAAGUGAAAUAUUUUUUAGCUGUUUUUACCGUUUGGAAAUUUACAGGUACUUAAGGUCACUCGAGAAACAAACACAACGUACACGUAUACACACUUAUACAUACACACGUACGCAUAGGAUACCCAUUGAAUUCAUGUCGUAUAUAUACAAGUACGACGCGCAUUUUCUCGCUAUUCGCUGCAUUGUAUAAGCUAUAAUUGGUGUUUUUACCGAAAUCCUGUUGUUCCUAUCGUUUUACGAGAUAUAUCUCGCUAUUACCAUAAAUAUCGUUCAUAACGUCGAUGGCGAUCCACCACACGUUUUCAUCUAACCGCUGUGUACUUUCCCUCUCUACUCUAUAUGAUAAUAAUAAUAAUAUUAAUCAUAAUAGCGAUUAUUAUUAUCGUUACUUUUAAUAUUAACUGCAAUGUUAUAUUAGCUUUAAAUGUGUAUCAUACUCGAGAUCCACCUCAUGUAAGAACAGCAAUAUACUCAAAUAAAAGUCUCAUUCGAA